UUCAUUCCUAUUCUGAAAAUCACGCGAUCUGCAAGCUCAGUUUGUGAACGAAAAUCAGCAACAAAAAACGCAAAUUUCGUAUUUAAAUUGCAAAACAAGAAGUAGUGCUGGUGUCAAUAAACUAAUACAAAAGAUAUUCCUGUUAUCCAAACUUGAAUUCAGAGAAGGAAAAAUGAGUUCCACCUUUGAACAACAUUUAAAUGAGAUUGUCAGUGAACUUUGGGAACCACCGAACCAUAGAGAUGUCUACAUCGUAAGAGAUUUUGUUAUGAAUAUAUUGAAGAGUAAUAAAGUGCUGACCUCCACAUGCUCGUUAAAAAUGGUAGAUUUUGGCAGCAGGCCUUUGGGAAUUCAUACUUCUGAAAGCAAUUUCAAUGUAAUGGUUCUUUUAAAGUUUCCCUACAUCGAAGAUAUAUUGGUGCGCCCGGAUCAACAUCGUCCUGGUAUGGUGCACUUGGACUUCAGUCGUGUACCAUUCAAUGACUUUACGGACGUGCUACUUGAUAAGCGCUAUUACCUCAAGCGCAAUGCGGUACACAAUAUGAUGGAGGUUCUCCUAGAGAAUGUACAUGGUUGCCAAUUCUGGGGCAACAGAGAUUAUUACAAGCUACAAUACAGCCGCUGUGGCGAUGUGCACAUCAUUACUGCAAAGUCAAGAAACCAUGUAUUAUCCAUUGAUUUUAUGCCAGCAAUUGACAUCUACUACGAUGGAUUUUACUGGGAGGCGGUACCUAAGUGGGCGCCAGGGCCGAAACGCUCGGACAAAUGCACCUUUAUGAUUAGCGCGAUUGAAGAGGAGAUAUUUCGCUUCAAACAGGGCGGUGAAAAUAUCAUAAAUGCUGUGGUGUUGCUGAAGGCAAUGUGCGAGUCCAAAAACUUGCCAAAAGUUUGCAACUAUCAUUUAGUUUCCACGGCAAUCGGUCUAAUCUCUACUGAAUAUUAUCGUAAUUUAUCAUUGCAAUAUGUCUUUCUAUAUCUACUUGAAGAUUUGGCCGAUGCUUUUGAUAAAGAUGACCUCUCAUACUUCUGUUAUGAGGAUCUGGAUCUAAUACCGGACUUUAAUACAAUCGAGCUUAACGAGUAUGCAAAUGCUUUGAACGACGCUUACAUGACCCUUAAAACUUAUCCUGACCAAGAUAGACUUUCUUAUGGCCGUUGCAGCAGUCACUUUUUGGCGAUUUUUCACGACUAAGAUUGUUAGUUCUAAAACAAUUUGUUUUUAAUAUGUUUAAUGGUAAUCCCUUGCGACGAAAUGAAGCAAAGAAAAUUAAGUUUUUAUAUCGAAAAUGUUAUAUUGCCUAUGUUAUUUUAUAAUGUUGCAUUUAAAAUUUAAAUACAGGUUAAACUGCUAAUAAUAUGAAUUUAAGCAGACGAAACUUUUGUUAUGUACCAAACUGAAAUGAGACUGUACUGAAAUCCAAACAUAUAUAUAAUUUCCAUUAAACUUAAGC